UACAUAUAUAUUGAUUAUUAUCCCUUUGGAUUUUCAAAAUACCUAUAUUGUUUUAUGUUCAAGGUUGAUAUUUUAUUGAAUGAAUUCUGAAGGUAACAACUUAUAUUUUGUCCUUCGAACAAAUUAGGUUUUACUGCAGUCGCACCCCAGGGUAGCAGUAAUUUAUUCUACCCCCUCCCCCUUGGUAUUAAAUCGCUUUUUUCUUCACCCGUAGGUGGCAUAAGGCUUUGUUUUGAUGCAUUAGGGACGGCAGCUAUGUUACUGCUUACAAUCCCAGAAGGCAGCACCUAUUUUCAUGCUGAUAAUUCCAAAGGGCAGCAGAUAAAUGUUUAAAAAGAGACCCUCUAUUCUGAGGAAAAAGUGAUUUUAUUUAAAUUUCCUGACAUGUUUUUGAAUCUUUCUCCAAGAGGGUGCUGGAUACUUUUGAGCUUAUGCAGUAUUUUCCGGAAUUCCAUUCUCGACUCAAGUUACAAACAACCCAUUUAAAACCCCACAUGGGGAAUUGCCAGUUUGUCGAACUGGCAAGAUAGUUCUAAUAAACAUUUCAGAUUUUAAGAAUUACUUUAGAAAGUUGAACAUGUACGCAGAUGCCAUGCUGAGUGAGGAACAGUGUGCAGAUGUGUCUGCCUAUAAUGAGAUCCUGAAGGAGAUGCUGUACCCGGCAUUACUGUAUGUAUGGUGGCUGAGCGAGCGCAACUACGAGGGUCUCACCCGCCCGUGGUACGCCCGGGCUCUGCCCUUCCCUCUGCACUUCUACUACCCGCAGCGAUACCAUGCAGACGCUCGUGCCAAGCUGGAGGCUCUGGGUGCCGCCUCGGAGGAUGCGGUGUACUCGGAGGCCAAGAAGUGUCUCACCAUGCUGUCCCACCGGCUGGGAGACAAACAGUUCCUGUUCGGAAACCACCCGUCCUCACUGGAUGCCACCUUGUACGCGCACUUGGCACCACUCCUGAAGGCUCCUUUCCCUGAAGCCAAGCUGCAGAACCACCUGAAAGGAUGCACCAACCUCGUCAAGUUCAUUGAGCGAGUGUCCCAGAGAUAUUUCACAGAUGCCUGGUAUGGUUACUUGAGCAACCCUUCGCCGAAGCAGACAGAGCGGGACAGAGAUACAGGACAGUGCAGCUCUGAGUCCGAACUGUUCAGCCCAUACAAGAACACUGUGUUUGCCGGGCUGUUUGCAACUGUGGCCAUGUUACUCUAUGCUUUCGGCAAAGGAAUUAUACAGGUGAGCACAGAGCAGGACGACAACCCGGCCAGCUACGAAGAUUUGCCCGAAGAGUCGGCAGAACCUGAGCGCUAAUGGGCUCUUCCGUAGUCUCAACUACGCUUGUACCUCUCAAACAAGGCUGUUUUGUUUGCUCAAGAUGAGUGAUUAUACAUAUGCUUUUAGUUAACAGUUGUCCUUUGCAAUCUGGUCUUAAUUUAGAAUUAUGAUGCUGCAUCAUGCUUUUUUAAAAUUACCUUACAGAGAGGGUAGACCCUAAUUUUCUAGAUCUCAAGCAGUGAAAUUGCUUUUUUUUUUUUUUAUUUAUUUAUUUAUUUACAAAGGGGUGAAAAAAAAUACAACUAGUAAGUCUACAAUAUCAGGUUGAACAAUAAACAUAUAAUUUUUAGUAGAUUUAAGAAGUAUUUUUUGUUCAAAUUUAUUUCUGUGUGGUAGGACUUUUUAUAUAUAUUUAUAUUUAUUGUUAUAGUCCAUUCAUAUAAGACAUGUACUAAAAUACCAAAUGUCAUGAAAUUCUGUCAGUACUCACAUAAAAUGCUUUGAAAAAAAAAUCUUAUUCUUAGGAAAGUUAACCAAACUUGAAAAAAGAUCAUGUGAUGUAUGUUCGUUAAUUUCUCCAGUCCACGAGAAAUUGAUUUCUGUGAAUUUCAUUUCCAUCUUACCAUUACUAUUGUGGCAAUUUUCAGUGUUUGUGGUAUAGUUUUGCAGUGUUCUAUUCCUGUUGUGACCUGUUUGUAAUAUAUAGAUAUGCAUAUUCUAAUUUCAAAUGUUUUAAUGUUUUAAAUGGUUUCUUUAGUAUUUAAAUUUAAUUAACUAAUUCUUAUAAAAAAAAAAUUAAGGAUUAUAAUAUGAAUUCAAACUUCUGUAUCUUUGUCAUAAAGGAAUUCAUAUUCAAAAGAAAAGAAAAAAAGUUUCUUGUGUGGAGGUAAUAUCUUGUGUUAGUUACUUUUUUGACACUGGGACUUAGCAGUUUGUUCUUGGUGUGGUGGUUAUAAAGUGUGUGCUGUAUGAAGUUUUUAAGGUGCCAUUCUUGCAGAUUUAGUUUCUAAAGGAAAGAUUAAAUUAAAGUUUUGAUUAAUAA